AGAGAAUUGGACGCAACUAUUGGCACUACCAAAUUGACUAGUGACACUACCAAAUGGAGUAAAAAGACAUCCCUGCCCAUGCCUAUUUAUCAUCCACCCCUCCAUCCUUCUCUUUCCCUUCACCUUCCUCGGACCUCCUAUUCUUCUUCCCUCACGCAACUCACGUCAUCCACACCAACACAUCCCACCGGCGAGCUCCAAACAGAGUCACCUCCUCCAAGUUGCCCCCAAAGACAAAAUCGCACUUGUGUCACACCCCAUCGUUGAGUUCGAAGCAACCAUUGAAACGUUCCCAUCAAAUCAACAUCGCCCCACACCGACCAUCACCCAACAAGAUCGGUGUCACGCCGCAUCGACCUCCUCGCCCCCACCAUAUCUAUGUUGUGGUGCAUCAAGAUCUAGGUCAAGCCACCUACGCCAUCAAGAUCCGCUUAGCACCACACACCACUUGCCCUGUCGAGAUUCAGCACCCGUGCUUCUCGUUUUGGGAUUUUAUUAAAGUCCCAUGCAACUCAACUCGGGUGCUAAUUUGGUGUGGCGGGUUGGGCCGGGUAUGAAGAAGCUUGCCCAAAUACGGUGCCGUUUCAGCCCAGGUUUCAUUCCUUCCCUUCUUUUCCCGUCCAAAGACCCUCCCAAGUGACGGUGACGGCGCUCGACGGCGACGGCACUCUGUUUCAGCGUUCUAACUUACUGCACAAAUCCUAAUCCCCUCUGUUUUCGUUUGGAUUGAUUAAGGUUGUCACAGCAAUCAAGUAAGCACUACACAACCACACUCACUUUUCCUGCUAAACUAAACAAAAAUGUUAUCCUUUGGUAGAAAUUGCUGCUUCAAAUAUCCUGGUACCUACUUCAGGAGGAGGAAUGCCUCAAAUCAUACUAAUACUAUACUCUCCACAAACUCAUUUUGCCCCAAAUUUCCUGACCCCAAUUACCCUUUUGGAAAAAAUCCACGGAGUACUCAUUUCUUUCACCAUGCCCACAAACUUGACCUCUUUUUAUUCCAAAUCAACACUAGUUACACUCAAUUUCCCAUCCCAUUUGCACCCUUUAAUUCUCACUAUUCAACGAAGGCUCCUUCAAGAUCUUACCAAAGACGAGCUCGAAAGAGGUUGUUAAAGUCCUCCAAGCCUACACUAGACCAAGCCCAAUUUCAGCUGGCUCUGUCCCAACUUCCCCCGAGGUUCACUCCUGAAGAACUCUGCAAUGUGAUUGCUCGACAAAAUGACCCUUUAGUUUGCUUAGAAUUGUUUCACUGGGCGUCUCAGCAGCCCCGCUUUCGACACGAUGUGUCCACGUUUCAUAUCACCAUAAAGAAGCUUGGCGCUGCAAAGAUGUACCAAGAAAUGGAUGAUAUUGUGAACCAACUGCUUGCAGUUCCUUUAAUUGGUUCAGAGGCAUUGUUCAACAUGGUUAUAUAUUAUUUCACUCAGGCACGGAAAUUGACUAGAGCUGUCAAUGUGUUUAAGCACAUGAAAAGUAGAAGAAAUUUGAAUUGCUUUUUUAGGCCUUCUAUCAGGACAUAUAAUAUUCUUUUUGCCGCAUUUUUGGGUAGAGGGAGCAACUCUUAUAUAAACCAUGUGUAUAUGGAAACAAUUAGGUGUUUGUUCAGGCAAAUGGUCAAGGAUGGCAUUAAGCCUGAUAUUUUUUCAUUGAAUUCUAUGAUCAAAGGAUAUGUGCUAUCUCUUCAUGUUAAUGAUGCGUUGAGGAUAUUUCAUCAGAUGGGUGUGAUCUAUGAUUGCCCGCCCAACGCACUAACAUACGAUUGCUUGAUUCACGGUUUGUGUGCCCAAGGCAGAACAAAUAAUGCUAAAGAAUUGUAUUCUGAAAUGAAGACGAAAGGUUUUGUUCCUAGUAGUAAAUCUUAUAAUUCGCUUGUCAAUUCUUUGGCACUUGGUGGAGAGAUUGAGGAGGCAGUAAAUUAUCUGUGGGAGAUGACUGAUAAGCAAAGGUCAGCUGAUUUUAUUACAUAUAAGACUGUACUGGAUGAGAUAUGUAGACGAGGAACAGUUCAGGAGGGCACGAGGUUUUUGCAGGAGUUGCAAGAAAAGGACCUUGUAGACGGGCAUGCUUAUAGGAAGCUUCUAUAUGUGCUUGAAGAUGACUAUGGGAAUUCAGUGAGCAGAAUUGAUUCAGUGGGUUUAUAACUUCUUGGGCUGUUUGACUAGCUUCCUUCCUAUCAUCCCUCUUCCCGUCUGCAAACACCUUGCCCUCUUCUUGGGCUGUUGGAUGAUGGGCUAGUCAGGCUGCCCAAUAAGCUGAACAUGCUGAGGCUAAUGUUGACAAUCAAGUCCUGGAUCAGAUCAAAUGCCUCAGAAUGGAGUCAAAUGAAAUAGGUUCAAACCUUAAUGGAUGAAGGAUUAUGAAUAUGAAGUACUUUAGCCUGUUUUAGUGGUGAAUUUGGAAUAAAAGAUAUGGUCUGCGAGGAGUUGUUGGAGUGAGUCCUGAAAGGAGUUUGUUAGGGUGGUUAUUUUGUAUUGUUGUAUUGUGUUGUUUGCUUGCCUGUAGGUUGUAUUUUUCAUUAGAGGGGUUAUUCUUAUGUAGGUGAUGCAAUAUAUGGAGAAGCUAGUGAAUGAAAAUAUUCAUUUUCUCCCAUUAUUGUUUCACUUUUGUUGUGAGGAGUCUCCUCCCCUCAGAGAGUUAGUUCCCUUUUUUUCCUAUCAGAUGCCGCCUUCUUGGUCAGCACAGAAAAUUGACCUUACACGUGCUUUUCAUGGAAGCAGUAUUGUUGAAGAACACAAAGGUUGUAUAGGAUGGUUCAUGCCUUAUAUUCUGUGCUACACCAAUAUGCACACCCACACACCCACACAAUGAAGGACAAUGCCUGAAAUGUACAGCUUGUAAAAGUUCAUUUACUGAUUUAGUUGUUUUCAUUAUGCUUAGAGCAAAUGCAGUUUUGAGAAAACUUUCUUAGCAUUUGGCCUUGUUGAACAUUUACACCUUGCUUUGACUCUCAUCCUAUCAGCAAAGAUGUUGAGCUAAUCCAAAGCAUUAACUCGGGAGAGUGUAAUAUUUUCCUCAGUCAUUUCUGCUAGUAGUUGUUUUGUUAUGGAUGAACUGUUAGUUAGUGAAUCUGUCAGCUUCUCUAAUUCUGUUAUAGUAGUAAUUCUCUCGAGUUAGGGGCUCAAAUGUAAAAAAAUAUGAGCAUCUCAACUUCUAUUGUAUCUGAUUUUUCAAUUCAGAAAUACAUUUUCUCAGUUUUGCUUA